AAAGAUAAUAUUUUUUUCCUAUUAUUUCUAUAUAGUUUUUUACUUUUUCUUUAUUCUAUCGAAAAAAAAAAUAUCGAAAAAUGGGAAAUUUAGCUAUUACAGUUUUUAGAAUAAUAUUUUUUAUAGUUUAUAUGAUAUUUAUAUUUUCAUCAAUUGCAUUAAGUGAUUUAGUAAUGACUUUAUGCAUACCGAUUUUUUUAAUAUCCAGAUCAUAUUUUAGAAAGAUUACAAAUUUAAUAGCACAAUUAGGAUGGCCAUUAUUCACAUUAGCAUUCGAAACAUUAGGAAGAAAUAAAUUAGUGUACUCUGGGGAAUCAUUAAGAGAAUAUCAAAAUUUUGAUAGUAAUAAAAAAAUUGAGGGAAAAGAUAGAAAUGCAUUAGUAUUAAUUAAUCAUACUCAUCAUUGCGAUUGGUUAUUAUCAUUUUCAUUAGGAGAAAGGUGUGGAAGAAUUGGUAACAUUAAAAUAGCAAUGAAGGAUAUUAUAAAAUAUAUUCCAUUUGUAGGAGCUGGCAUUUGGGCUAUGGGCUUUAUAUUCCUAUCAAGACAAUGGCAAAACGAUCAACAUAAAAUCAAUAAAGCCUAUAGUCAUUUAAAGAAAGAUGGUGAACCAUUUUGGUUUGUUACACACCCAGAAGGAAGUAGAUUUGGACCAUCCAAUCUAAAAUCUAGCCAAGAGUUUGCUAAAUCACGUAAUUUGCCAAUACUAAAUAAUAUAUUAAUGCCAAGGGUCAAAGGUUUUACAUCAGCAGUUUUAGCACUCAACGACACAGUAGAUGCAGUUUACGAUUUAACAGUGGCCUAUAAAAAAGCCCCAGGUAAUAUGGUUAAAUUAAUUUAUGGUUCAGAUCCAACCGAAAUUCAUAUUCACGUCCGUAGAUUCCCUCUCUCCGAAAUACCAACAUCAAACGAAAAAGAUAUCGAGCAAUGGUUAUACGACAGAUACUACGAAAAAGAUCAACUCUUAAAAACAUUUAAAGAAAAAGGAUAUUUCGAUCAAUCUAAACAUUUAAAUUUACCAUUUAAGUAUCAAAAAUAUUUACCAAAUUUAAUACUUUGGAUAGUUUUAUUAUUAUCAUUUUUUACAAUUUUAAUUAAAUUAUUCAAUUAAAUAACAAACAACAAAAAAUUAAUAUAAUGUUCACACAUAAAAAUAAAUUGGGAUUAUAUAAAUAAU